AUGGACCAGAGCGGGCAGCGGCCACCAGCUGCACAGAUGAACGGGCUCGCCGGCCAUACGCACUCGCUGAGCAUCAUCAAGCGAUAUCGGGCCUAUUUCAGCCUGGCCGAGGUCGACGAGAUGCUCCGCAAGCAAUCCGCCAAGCUGGUGCCCGCCAGGGUCGAAGCUAUCCGCCAGCAGGCCUGCGUGUUCAUCGAUAAGAUCGGCAGUCGUCUCGGUUUUCCCAGACGGACGAUCGGAUCGGCUCUACUGCUCUACCAUAGAUUCCAUCUAUUCUUUCCAUUUUCAGAAUUCAACCUGCACGACGUAUCGAUAGCAUCAGUAUGGCUUGCGUCAAAGCUGGAAGACACCUUGAAGAAACUGAGGGAGAUUCAAUUGGCCGCCUGGUUGGUUCGGAACAUCCAAGAGGGCGGGAACGGAUUGGGGGAGCCAGAGCCGAGUAUCAUCGAGGCUGAAAGGCACCGAUUGUCCGGGAUCGAGAGGCUGUUGCUCGAAUCAGUUUGCUUCGACUUCGGAUCUGGUAAACCAGCUGGUGGGCGAGACGUGUUCGGCUAUCUGAUCGGAAUCGGCCGCAGGCUUGAGUUAUCCAGACAUCAUAUUCAACUCAGCUUUCGAUUGGCAAUCGACUCUCACCGCACCCUCGUCGGCCUCACCUACCCCCCUCAUCUGAUCUCCCUCUCGUGUCUCUAUCUCGCCUCCUUCGUCCAACUUAACCCUCAAGAAGAAGAUCAGACCAAAUUCGAACCCAACUGGAACGUGCCCUAUGAGGCAGAUAUUGAGGACAUUGAAGAAGUCUGUCAUCAGAUUUUAGAUCUUCUGAUCUCACUUUCCUCGGCGCUCAAAUCAAACCAAUCGCCCUCUUCGCCCUCGGAGGCGAAAGGGAUGAAAUCCAGUGCGCUUGGGAUCCCAAGCUCGACUGCCAGUCCGAUUCCAGGGGCGAGCGACCUCACCGGACUGAAGAUCAAGCUCCGAGAGAUUGAGAACCAACGGCGCGAAUCCUCCGGCUGUGAACCUGCCCCGAGAAUGGUCGCCGGAGGUGCAAUGAUGGCCCAGGAGAUUGAAGAGCUCCACUCCGAUAGUAAAGAAUGGCUCGGCAGGGAUGAUGUGACCGUCAGAUUUAUCUUUGGCGCAGACGGCUCCGAGAAUCUCAUCGACCCCUCUUGCCCACCUUCUCGCCCGUCUAAUUAA